AUGAGCGGUUUUUGCGGCGUGACUGGCGGCGAGAGCCGCCUGAGCUACGCGGCGCGGGGUUACCAGAAUGCAGCGGCGAUGGCGGUGGUGGAGGAGGCGCGCGCGGAGGCGAUAAACGAGGAACGGCGGCGAGCGGUGGAGGAAAAAACGGUUUUGUCGUGUACGACGUUUAACGUGCUUGCUCCGAUUUACAAGAGAAUGGGUGUCGAGAGCGAGAGGGAGAGCGCCUGUCAGCAUGUAUGGCGGGAGCGCAAUCAGGAGAUUAUUAGAACGUUGCUCGACACCAAGUCGUCCAUCCUGUGCUUGCAGGAGUGUUGGCUGGCCAAUCCGGAGUGGGUAGACAUGUACGACACAGAGUUACACGGUGCUGGUUACCAGCUUCUCAAGCUGCCUCGCACAAACGCCAGGGGAGAUGAGGAGCACCACGCGGGGGCACUGCCCAUCAUACUCUGCGGGGAUCUGAACGGCACGAAGCAGGGCAACGUGUACAAGCUGCUCAGGGCACACGGCUUCGUAUCCUCCUUCGACUCGGCACACCACCACAGCGACGACGACGAGCAGUGGGUGAGUCACCGCAACCAUCACGGCAAUCUAUGCGGGGUGGACUACGUGUGGGUGCUCAACCCAGAGCAGCACCACCGAGCACUUGCAGUCAACUGGCGGACGGCGGUUUUUGGCCUUAUCAGGUCCAAGCUCGCUUCGGCCGGCAUCACCAACGUGGAAGCGGCUUUUGACUUUUUCCUGCAGGCGGGGGAAGGGCGGGUGGCAGAGGAAGGUGUGGUGGAGGGAUGGGCGGCUGCAGAGGCGCGUGCAGAGGUAGCUGAGAGUGGUUGUGAGAGGCGGAGGGAGUGUGGGCCUGCUGCGUUCAGCAUGGGUGAUUUCCAGAGGGGUUUGGACCGACUGGGGUUGACUGGCGUUGACUCCAUCGGACUGACGCGUUUUGAGGUGGAGGAGCUGAUGCGAUCCGCUGACUGCCAGGGGAAGGGCUGCGUUGACUUUGAAGACUUCAAGGCUCUCUUUGACCAGCCCACGUGGGAUGACACAGUGGCAGCUCUCAGACACUCUCUUGCCACGUCAUGUUCUGUCAACCCACUUCCACCACCUGCUGAAUCAACCCCUGCUGGUGCUGCUGACGUUCACAGAACCGCCUCUGACGUCAGCAGUGCCUCCACUAACAUCAGCAUUGCAUCAGCUGACGUCAGCAGUUCCUCGAGUGACAUCAGCAGCAGCCCCGCCUCUGGUCCUCUCCAGUUCCACUCCUCCCCUCAACCAUCACAGCCCUUCUUCCUCAUCUGCACCUCUUCAGCCAUCUCCCACUCUUUAGCUGUUGCUUCUCAAAUGCAUGCAAUGGGGAAAGGUGGGGUGACAGAGGGGAGAGUGGGAGGGGCGACAGAGAGGGAGGUGAAGAAGGAGCAGCUGGGUAAUGGAACGAUGCAAAGGAGCAGUGGAAGGGAGGGGAGGAACGUGCAGCAUCAAAGUGCGUUGAAUCUGGACGUGCUGCAGGCAUCGCUGUUCCCGAGGGCCAUGGAGGAGGGUGUGUGGCCGGAAGACUACACCAUUUCUGACCACGCUGUUCUCACUGUGCGAUUCGGGCGAAGUUGA